AUGGUAACAGUGCGCCGCGUUGUGUGCUUGUUGGCCGCUGCUCUGUGCUGCACGGCCUUGUGCGUGACGGCUGCUGCGACUGAGGAGUCGGCUGUAAGUUCCAGUGAUAUUAAGGCAAGGAUUGCUCUUCACGAGGCGGAGGUUGAAAAAGCGAAGGCUGCUAUAGAGGGGGCGAAGAAAAAGGAGCAGACCACGAAGGGUUCUGAGGCUGCACUGAAGGAAACGAAGGAGGCGGCGGAGAAGGCCCUGGAGGUGGUGGAGGCUAUCAAAAUGAAUGCUGAUGCCGUGAAGAAGAAUGCACUGGCUGUCUCUUCUGCAAUUUCAAAUGUUUCCAGGGCGGCCAUCACGCUGAAGAAUCUAAAGGAACCCCUUAAAGAAGCGGAUCCCAAAAAGGCGGAAGAAAAGAAAGCCGAUGCAGAGAGGGCAAAGGAAGAGAUAACGGCAUUGAUGCCGGGUGUUGUACAGACCGUUUUGGAUGCCGACGGUGUGGUGCAGAAGAUCAAGAACGCAAAGGCGAAGGCCGACGAGGCGCUGCGGCACCUCAGCCUGGCUGGGGCGGAGCCAACCGACGCAGAGGCCUACAUUACGAAGACUGAAAGAGAGGCAAAGGCGACAGUGGAGGGCGCAAGGACUGCAGUGGGCGCAGCCCUCGUGGCGGCGGAGAUGGCACGUGAGGUUGCCCUCAUACAUAAGAAUGCAGCAACCGAAGCCGAAGCGGCAGUGCAGGAAGCGAUGAAAGUCAUACCCACAAUUACCGAAAAGCCAACCGAUGAGCAAAAAGAAAGGCUAAAAGCUGCUCAGAAUAUUACAAUGAGGGCUUACAACCGUGUCAAGCAAGCGAUGUUAGAGUCCAAAGCUGCCAAUAAUGGUGAGGAAGUAGCUGGAAGCGUCAAACAGGCGCUGACUACUGUUGAGACUACGCUGGAAGCCGCUGCAGCUUCAAUGAAGGCGAUUCUGUCGGCCCGAACGGCCGCUGAAACUUCACUACAGAAUGCCCAGCAGCAACUCGAACAACUGAAGGACAAGGCGCACCGGGUGGAGCGAGAGGAG